AAAUCUUCGUCCUUAUUUGAAAUAUCUGAAAUUAUUUCUAACUGCACUUGUUAAAUUACCAUGUGUUCCAUCAUUAACUUUAUGGAGAGGAGUGACAAAAAAUCUAAGUGCUGAUUUUCCACCUGGUACACAAGUGACUUGGUGGUCAUUUUCAUCAUGUACAACUGAAUUAACUGUUCUGGAAAAUAAUAUGUAUUUAGGUAAUUCAGGUCAUCGAACAUUAUUUUCUGUUGAAGCAAUCAAUGGACGAACAAUCAAAGCUCAUUCACAUUUUAUUACUGAAGAUGAAAUUCUUCUUUUACCUGGUACACAUAUGAUUGUUCAAUCACAAUUUAGUCCUGCACCUGAUCUUCAAAUUAUUCAUUUAAAACAAAUCAAACCUGAUGAAAUCUUAUUAGAACCACCUUUUCCAGGUGCGCUUCUUUAUCCAAAACUGACACGUAGUUGGUAUCGAAAGAAAAGAUUUGCUAUUCCAUUAUGUUUAUUAACCAUUUCAUUCAUUGGUGCGAUUAUUCUUGGUACAGUUUUGGGAACAAGAACGAACAUUAUUUCAAAAAUACCAGUAUGUUAUACCCCAUAUGGCGAUCGACGUAGUUACAAGACUGGCAACUAUCCAAUUUCUACAGUACUGGAUGAUUUCGAUUACAAUACAAAUUUAGAUCUAAUAGUAUUGAAUCAACAAGAUAACAAUAUUGGUAUACUGUUUGGAAAUGGUCAGGGAACAUUUCAAGAUCAAUCAGUUUAUGCAACUCGUGAAGCGCCUAGCUGUGUAAUAUUAAGCGAUCUUAAUAAUGACAAAAAACUGGAUUUAGUCGCGGCUAAUAAAGGAGAUAAUAGUGUGAGUGUUAUGCUUGGUAAUGGAGAUGGAACAUUUAUUGGUCAAAUUACCUAUACUGUUAACACCUUCCCAAUCUCUGUAACAACUGGUGAUUUCAAUAACGAUGAAGUAUUAGAUAUAGCAGUGGCCAACUAUCUUAGCAACACUGUUAGCAUACUGUUCGGAUACGGGGAUGGACGUUUCGCCGAUCAAAUAGCUUUAAGUGUCGGUGCAUUACCCAGAUCUGUGACAGUGGGUGACUUAAACAAUGACACGAAACUAGAUCUAAUAGUCAGCAACUAUGGUGAUAAUACUAUUAGCGUAAUGUUGGGAUAUGGUAAUGGAUCAUUCGCUUCUGCAACGAACUAUACCACAGAUCAGGCUCCAAAUUGUGUAAUAACUGAAGAUUUCAACAAUGAUGCAAUAUUAGAUGUAGCAGUAGCCAACUAUUUUAGCAGCACUGUUGGCAUAUUAUUAGGAGAUGGAAAUGGAGUAUUCAACAAUCAAAUCUCUUUUCCUUUGGUUGGAAAUCCAGUCUCUAUGGCGAUAGGUGACUUUAACAAAGAUGCAGCAUUAGAUCUAGUAGUAACAAACACUGAUAGAAAUAGUAUCAGCGUGCUGAUCGGCGAUGGCAACGGAACAUUUAGUGAUAUAAUUGUAUAUUCUGUUGGAUCAUCACCAUCUUCUGUAAUAACCUAUGAUUUCGAUAACGAUAGUGAUCUAGAUAUUGCAGUAACCAAUAUGGACGAUAAUACGGUUAGUCUACUAUUUGGCAAUGGAAGGGGAGCAUUCGGAAGUCGUAUAAAUUAUGCGACUGGUUCAACCCCGACCUCUUUGGCAUCAGGUGAUUUACGUGAUAGUAACAAUUUUGAUUUGGUAGUGGCGAACUCUGACGACAAUACUGUCACUGUGUUACUCAACAAAGGAGAUGGAACGUUUCCAGUACAACCAGUAUAUGGAGUAGAUAAGCAACCAAGCUUUAUGAUAUCAUCUGAUCUCAACAAUGAUACGUAUUCGGAUUUGAUAAUAAUAAAUCAAAAUAGUGACACUGUUAGUAUACAAUUAGGUACAAAUGGUGGACUCUUUCAUUUAGUAAAAAACAAGUUUAUCGUUGGCAUGAAUCCAGUUUCUAUGGUAUUAGCUGAUUUCAACAGUGAUCAAAAUCUAGAUUUAGCAAUUUCUAAUCGAGGAAAUAAUACUGUCAGUAUAUUGCUUAGCAAUGGAGACGGAACAUUUACCUCUCAACUUAUGUAUCGAGUUGGUGCCAGUCCAUCUUCCAUCUCAACAGGUGAUUUCAACAAUGAUAAAAUCAUUGAUCUAAUUGUGACUAACUAUAAUGAUGAUACUGUUAGCUUAUUAUUUGGCUAUUCAAAUGGAAAAUUUACUUCUUCAGUUGCAUUUCCAGUCGGCAAAAAUCCAUCUUUUGUAUUAGCAAAUUAUAUCAAUCAGAUUGACAAUAUAGACGUAGUAGUAGCGAACUAUGGAGACAAUACUAUUAGUGUGUUACUUGACUAUGAAAAUGGAACAUUCACUUCUCAAAUAUCAUAUAUCGUUGGCAAAUCUCCCUUAUUUGUAAUAGUGGAUGAUUUGAACAAUGAUACUAAUGAAGAUCUUGUCGUGGCCAAUUAUGACGAUAAUACUCUCAGCAUGUUACUUGGUUAUGGAAAUGGAACAUUUUCAUCCCAGAUUGUAUUCACAGUUGGCAAUGGCCCAUCUUCUGUCAGUGCAGGUGAUUUAAACAAUGAUGGCUGGAAGGAUCUCGCAGUAUCCAGUCGAAAUGACAAUAGUGCUAUUAUACUAAUGGGCUAUGGAAAUGGAACAUUCUUCGUUCAUAGUAAAUAUACUGUAGGUGAUCAUCCAUGUUUUCUGACGACAGGUGAUAUCAACAAAGAUGAUAGUUUGGAUCUGGUAGUGGCCAAUCAAGACAAUAGUAGUAUUAGUGUAUUAUUAGGCACUAGAAAUGGAACGUUUCGACUUGAAAAAACGAUUGUAGUUGACAUUGGUCCAUCUUUCAUUGUAUUGCAAGAUUUGAAUAAUGAUUUCAAGCUANUUCAUAGUAAAUAUACUGUAGGUGAUCAUCCAUGUUUUCUGACGACAGGUGAUAUCAACAAAGAUGAUAGUUUGGAUCUGGUAGUGGCCAAUCAAGACAAUAGUAGUAUUAGUGUAUUAUUAGGCACUAGAAAUGGAACGUUUCGACUUGAAAAAACGAUUGUAGUUGACAUUGGUCCAUCUUUCAUUGUAUUGCAAGAUUUGAAUAAUGAUUUCAAGCUAGAUGUAAUUGUAACCAAUCAAUAUAGCAACACGUUUAAUGUCGUACUUAAUAAUGAUUACAUAUACUUUACGUCUGGAGAAGAAAUAUUAGUUGGACGCAAACCAAGUUCUGUGAUAUCAACUGACUUGAAUAAUGAUAAAAUUGUCGAUUUGGUGGUGACCAAUGGACGAAAUAAUACUAUAAGCGUACUGAUUGGUAUUGGAAAUGGAACCUUUCAAUCUCAACUAAUAUUCAUAGUAGGUAUGGGUCCAAUAGGUGCAGUAUCAAAGGAUUUCAACAAUGACAACAAUCAAGAUUUGGCUAUAGCAAAUCAAGAUAAUCGUACAAUUAGUCUUCUUUUAGGUCAUGGAAAUGGUACUUUUCAAUCUCAAUUAUUCAUUAAAGUUAACAAUAAACCCAAUGUCAUCAUAUCAAAUGAUUUCAAUAGUGAUAACAAUUUCGAUUUAAUAUUAGCUUAUGGAGAAAACAAUAUGAUCAGUAUCUUACUUGGAAAUGGAGAUGGAAGUUUUCAUUCUGAGAAACUAAAUACAGUUGGUAAAAAUCCUCUUUCGAUUAUAUCAGGUGAUUUUAAUCAUGAUACAAAAUUAGAUUUAGUAGUGGCUAAUCAAGGUGAUAAUACGAUCAGUUUAUUAUUUGGUAAUGGAGAUGGAACAUUCAGGAGUCAAAUAAUAUAUACAGUUGGAAAUAAUCCGAUUUCAUUAUUAUCAGGUGAUUUGAACAAAGAUUCAAGAUUAGAUUUAACAGUUGUCAAUACACUUUCGAAUAAUAUCAUGGUUUUUUUUAAUCAAUGUGGAUUGAUUAAUCCUUAA